AUGUCGUUUCGAAGACAAUCCCACGCUCCAUUAUCUCCCUUGCAGAAAGUGAAUAGUGCCAAACGACGAUGCACCAGUACUACCACCACUGCAACCAGUCUUUACACGAGCGCGCCACCUCGCUUUCCUUCUUAUUUGGAACAUACUCUCUACGCAGACCUUGUGAGAGAACAGCAUCGUAAUCGCCAAGCUCGAUCUGGUGAGGGAUCAGGCUCCAGUUCACUCGACAAUCUUGAGCUACGGUUGCCAUCCGAGUGGAACAUCCAUGAUAAGUCUCGCCAUCUCGAAAUCGACCCUACAGGUCUUGAAUUAAUGUAUACUGGGCCAGGCAAAACAGAAUCACAUGCGGCUUCGGUUCGUGCCAACUUCCCGAUAAGACGACAAUGUGGCAUAUACUACUUUGAGAUGAAGGUGCUUUCCAAAGGCGAGGAUGGAUUUAUCGGCAUUGGGUUUUGCAGUGGUAAAAAUGGAUUGGAUCGAUUGCCAGGAUGGGACAAUGAUUCAUGGGGAUAUCAUGGUGAUGAUGGUCAUUCUUUCCAAGAAUGUGGUACAGGCGACAAGUAUGGUCCUCAAUUUACUACUGGCGACGUAGUUGGAUGUGGUGUUGACUUGAUUCACAAGACCGCUUUUUAUACCAAGAAUGGCACUUUUCUCGGCCCUGCCUUCAAGUCCAUCAAAACGCAUAUGGAUCUUUACCCGUGUGUUGGUCUAAGAACUGUGGGUGAACGUGUAUCCGUCAACUUUGGUCAGAAUCCUUUUGUGUUUGACAUUGUGCAAUAUAUCAAGGAGCAAAAACUCAACAUCAUGAAACAAGUGACAACGAGGCCUCAUACAGCUGCUAAUGGUGCCAUGGAUCAGCUUGUAUUAUCCUACUUGGUCUAUCAAGGCUAUAUGAGAACAGCUCAGGCAGCGAUCAAAAACAUUGAGCAUGUUACUAGUCGCACGUUACGCCUCUCACACGCAGGAUCAGAGCCAAACGAUCGAGAAGAAAAGGAUAUGUAUGCACGACAAAGUAUACGAGCUGCUGUUUUGGCUGGCAACGUGGAUCGUGCUCUCGAGUUGGUACAAGAACACUUUUCUCAUACUCUGGAGGAUAUGGCUGAUGGUCAAAAUAUCUUGUUUGAGCUCAAAUGUCGCAAGCUUGUGGAGAUGAUGCGUGAAUACAGCAAACGACAUGCGAGAAGGGAAAAGGUGCCACAAAGGAACAAUGGUCACGUGAAAUCAAGAUCAACAGUGCAGAAGCAUGUUCACACCGGCAAAUCACAACCUGAGUACAUGGAUAUCGAUAGCAAUGAUCGCGACCCAUCAACCUCAAAACGAGUGCGAGAUACGUCAGGUGUUAGCAAUACAAAUGGCAGAGCGAAUGGCUUCAUGGAUAGUGGAUUGGUCUUAUCGGAUGACGAAGCAAGUGAAACAAUGCUGGAAGAUAUCAUGGCUUAUGGCAAGGCAUUACAAAACGAAUACCAUUCUGAUCAGCGACCUGAAAUACGUCAACGACUAAAGGAAGUGUUUUCAUUAUUUGCAUACUCUGAUCCAGCAACAAGUCCCAUGGCAUAUUUGAUGGAUAAUUCGGGUCGGCAAGAACUUGCGAAUCGACUGAAUUCAGCGAUGCUAGUACUGCAAGAACGCCCAAGUCAACCGCCAUUGGAGAGGAUUUAUCAGCAAGCUAUGACAAGUAAUCAGCAGCUCGCUUGCCUCGGGUAUCCUGAAUCUAUGUUAUUAGAUGUCGACACGACUUUACGUUAG